AUGGUUACAGAAAAACAGAUAGAAUAUGGAAUAUGCUUUAUCAUAAAUCGUAAAGAUGUAGAUGCUUUACAUACGAUUCUUGAUCCAUAUUUUGAUGAAUUAUUGAAAACACCCGAAGUUUCAACUCUAGUUUUAAAUAAAAUAUCAACUUUUCGACGUUUACCAACAUUCAUUACAACUUUCAUCACAAUUGUUUGCAUUUCUUAUGCAAUUGUUCCAAUUAUUUCAAUAAUAAAUCAGUGCCGACAGAGAAUAUGGCCUAUUAGUUAUAAUCUUAUUUAUCUGACUAUUUAUCCUUGGGAAAUUUCACCAAAUAGUUUAAUGUACAAUUUUCAUUUCUUUGAUGAAUAUUUAUUAACCAUUAGCAUUGUUCUUAUAACCUCUAGUGUCGACAGUCUUUAUACAUAUUAUAUUUUUCAAAUAAUCGGUAUGUUACGAGAAAUAUCAUAUCGUAUUUCAAUAUUCGAUGAAAAAGAUAGUGAAUCAAUAAUACGCCAAUGCGUUGAUAAAUAUGAUAUACUAACGCAAUGCUGCGGCAAAAUUGAAAAAGUUUAUGGGCCAAUAAUACUAUGGACUAUGAAUGUUAAUGCUAUUGUACUUUGUGCAGUUAUUUUUCAACUUUCUCAUGCAAAAUCGAUUCCAUUUAUCUCAAUGGUUCUCUGUAUAGCCCACGCUUGUUUAAAAUUAACCCAAGUUUUCAUAUUUGCCUGGGCGGGAUCACUUCUUACUACUGAAAGUGAAAAAUUUAGGGAUACUAUAUAUGCUUCAAGAUGGCUUGGCAAUAACAGAUUAAAGUCAUCAAUAAUUAUAAUGCUUUCCCAAAAGCCACUUAUUUUGACAGCUUGUAAUUUAUUAUAUGUUACAAUUGAUAUGUUUGUAAAAGUUAUAAAUACAACAAUAUCAUAUUAUUUAUUGUUGAAAACGUUUGAACAGGGAGCUUGA